AUGGAUUUCAUCACCAUAGUUACCCCAGAACACCCCAGAGCAAAUGGAGAGGCAGAAAGAUUCAUGAAAGUCUUGAAUAAGACAGAAAAGAUUGCUCACAGUGAAGGAACAUCCACCAACGUGGCAGUUCAAAAUAUGCUUAUGGGCUACAGGUCGACUCCGCAUCCUGCUACAGGAUAUACGCCAUAUGAGGCAUUAAUGAGGCGAAAUGUGCGUACGAAACUAGACUAUCCGGGAUUUCAACAAACCAACAUCAGUAAAAUGGAGAGAGAAAUAACCAACAAAGACAAAAUAUACAAGAAGAAAUGGGAGGACCAGCAUAGACACCCGAAAACUGUCGAGAGUAGUUUCAAGGUCGGGGAUGAAGUGCUUCUCAAGAAGAUGAAGGUGAAUAAAUGGUCAACAGCUUAUGAACAAGAACAUUAUAAAAUCAUCGAUAUUCAUGGAUCCAGCAUUUUGGCCAAGCGGAAAUCAGAUGGUCGUACAGUUUACAGAGAUGCAUCGAAAUUCAAAAGGUAUAUUGUAAAUGAUGACCAAUGGAGAGAACGCUUAUUGCGUAUACCGGAAAGAAACCAAAUUCAACGAGAUCCACAGGAGAACAACAACCAAAUUGAAGAAACCCAAAACAGUGCUGUUGAAAACCAAGUUACUGGUGAUGACACUGGAAGACAAGUUACCAGUGAGACUACUGAUGAACAUGAACUAAAUAGAAGAGUUCAGCCCAAACGUACUCUACGAUUACCAUCAAGAUUCAAAGACUAUGUUUUAGACUUCAAGAAACGAAAUUAA